AUGGAAUGGCUGCCAGAAGGCUUGCUUAGGGCUAAGGAAGAUAUGGGACUUCUCAAAGGCCAGCUGACCCAUGCUCUGGCCUGCAGGCACUGCAGCAGCAUUAUCUGCCUCCAGAGUCCAGGGAAUCUGGUCAUACUAGUCUUGUUCCUGGUUUGGCAGAUCCAAAGAUGGUGGCAGCUUGGAGGACGGCAACAGCUUCCACCCUGGUGCUCUGGAGAUAAAGUGACGAAAGGCAAGGGUCUACAACUUCUGUACCAUUUGGCCUUCUUUGAUUGCCUGUGGAAGCAAAAAUCAGAGGAGGAAGAGGAAGAUGAGGAAAAGAAGGAAAAGGAACGCUUAUCUCUGAAUCCACUAAAACCGUAUCAUCCUUCCAAAGACACUCCUAUUGGAAAUGGAUUUUCUACAGCCCUGCCACAGCCAUCCUGUAGAUCUGAGGACCUCCCCAGGGCCACAGGGACACAAGAACGAAUGCUCAUGCAAUCCCCAAGGCUUUCCAGAUCCUUCCCUACUUUCCAGACCCUGACCAACCUAACUGUGAGCUCCCCGCAGCAGACAGAACUCCAGCUCUUCUCGGGUCUUCCCUCUCUACACAGUGAGUUCUUGGAGACUAUUUUCCUGAGCUCAGAUGGUCCCUCUCCACUAAAGUUGUCUAUUUGUCCUUCUGUCUUUUCAAACAAAGUUCCCUUUCCACCUGUGUACAACCUGCUGCUUCCCUGUUACCACUCCUCAACUUACUAUCCUACCCCUGAAGCCCAUAUUUUGGAAGAUCUGGAAGAAAUAGCACCCGGUUCUCAACUAGUUCAAUUUCUACCUUCCCCCUCUAUACCACUGGUAUCCUCCAAUCUUAAGCCUUUGCUUAAGGGCUACAAGAGAAUCAUCCCUGACACAGAGGCACACACACAGUGGUUUACACAGAACAAAGAGGUUCCUUCUGUCCCUGAGAAUCAAGCUCUGUACCCACAGCCUGAACUCCAAAAAUUCAGGUCCUCCACACUCUUAUAUUCAUCUGAGGUCUGGAGGAAGAGGCCAGAGGACCUCAGCCUCCAUCAGCACAACCCAGGAUUGCCUUCUGCCUCUCUGUUGUAUCCUUCUAAGCCUCAGGAGGUCCUAGACAGGUAUGAGAUGCCAUGGAUAACCAUGAAACAAAAUGAACACCCAAAAGCCUCUGAAACUGCAAUGCCAACUGCAAGCCCACUCCCAAUUUCCCUGACAGAACACCAGAGAGUCAACCCCACAGGAGACCUGUCUCAAGUGAAAACUCUCUGCGAAACCACAGCGCAAAAAGAGAACCCUCAUAUCUAUGAGCCUCCAAUCUCAGCCCCUUGCCAACUCACAGCACCCAUGACUGAAGGGACUGGCCCUUCAGGAACUCCCCCUGGAUAUAAAGCUCAGUGGGGCAUCCUAGCAUAUAAAGGCAUUCCCCAAGCUUCUGACCCACUAAUGCCAGCUUCCUAUCACCCAUCAGGUUCUCUGUCAGAAGUAAAAAAUGUUAACCCCAAAGAAAGACUUUCUGCACCUAAGGACUUCAGGGAAAACAUGGGAUACAGAGAGAACCCACCUGUCCCUAAGUCUCCAUUGUCAGCCCCCUACCCUCCUCUAGAUACCCUGUCAGAAUACCAGAGAGAGAAUCCCCUAGAGGAUGGGUCUGGACUUGAGCCUCAACGGCAAUGCAAAGAAACCUCAGGCAGUCCCUGGGCCUCUGAAACUCCAACCCUGGACUUCCACGUGGGUUUCUAUGAAGCCACCCCUAUGUGUGUCCCACUGGGAUCUGAGGCUCAACUGAAGGGUACACCCAGUACAGAAAAUCUCUGUGUCUAUGCCGACCUAGUUUCAUCUCCUAGUCUUCCCUCUGCCUCUCUGCCAGACUUUGCAGAGGCCCCCUCCUCCCAGGGAGAGGCAGUCUCAGAGGUGUAUGACCAUCCUGUGAUCCACGCCUGGCAGUGGAGUAGACAAUUAAAGCUCAGACUGAACAAACUACAACAGAGCCCCACUUUCAAAUCCCCAGGUCCACAUCACUCAUUUUGCAGCUCCCCAGUUCUUAACCUAACUCUAGAAUCUUGGGGACCUUCCUCUUGUCCCCAACAGAUACAUCCUCUCAGUCUGCGCCCCUGCUCUUCAAGUAGGCAUCCCCCAAAAGUUCCAAGGGCAGAAGCCCUGCCCGUCCAGGCCCCUCAUUGCUCCCACUCCUCUUCUCAGCCUCAGGUACAAGCUUCUGGUAGAGCAGAGCAGCAGUCUCAGAAAAGUAAGAGAAUGAAAUGGAAAGCGAUGGCCCGAAUCCUACCCCCAGGGCAUGGUCACAUGAAGGCUGAUGAGAACUGUUCAGGCAUGGGAGAACCCCCAAAUACAGGGCUUCCGGUCUCUGCUAAGAGACAAGACAAGACGUUAGUACUUUCAACCCAAAAGAGAGGGAGUUCCAGAAAAUUCAAAGCAGAGAAAUGUGGAAGGGCUGCAAGAUUAGGAUCACCCACUGUCACAAGGAAAAACAAUCCCGCCCAGGCCUGCAGACCAGCAGAGGCCUCUAUACCGAGGUUUUCUAAGAAGUUUCAGUGUAAAGCUCAGAGUUCUCCACAUUCUGCCCUUGCUCAGCAGCUUCUCCCAAACGCUGCUGGUCCCCAGGAUCGGCCAAGGACAGGCCUGGUGGCUGGUGAUACCCAGAACCCUUGCCCUUGUAAGUGCUGUCCUUGGAUUCCAAUAAAGAAGCAGCUCUCAUCCUCAUCACCCGAGGCUCCCCCUACCAGAGGUUUCCAAAAGUUAAUAGAUAAGUUUCUGGUGUGCAUAGACCUCUGCUAA